AUGAAAAGGACUCGCAAAAUUGACGAGGAAGCCCAAGCGUUAUUAAGACAUAAACAUAUCAAAGAAGAAUUUUACGAAAGAAGGUUCAGAUUUGACAGUAAAAGUGCUCUAGUGAGCUUACUUUUACUAUGCAUCAUUUUCUUUCUAAGCAUAUUUAAUUUCAAGCACUUAUAUAAUCAAAAUAAUAAGCUCGAUUCAGUCGUGGGCAGUAAGGGAGCAGUGGCAGUUGAAGGGAAAGAAUGCUCGGAAGUAGGGCUUGACAUUCUAAAGAAGAAUGGAAGUGCUGUUGAUGCCGCUAUAGCAUCGGCCCUUUGUAUAGGUGUUAUUAACAGCUUCGCAACAGGCAUUGGAGGCGGUGGAUUCAUGCUUAUUCGAACAGCGAAUGGAAGUUACGAACAUAUUGACUUUCGGGAAACAGCACCAGCCGCAGCUCACAAAGACAUGUUUAACGAUAAUCCAAUUGCAGCACAAAGGGGUGGAUUAGCGGUAGCUGUGCCUGGUGAAAUUAGAGGCUUUGGUUUGGCGCAUCAAAGGCAUGGAAGGCUUCCUUGGAAAGACCUGUUCGAUUCGGCUAUCCGGAUAGCUGAAGACGGCUUUGAAGUGACUGAACAUCUAUACAGUAAAUUAAAGAAAUCGAAAUCAUGGAUUGAAGAGUCACCUGGAUUUGCAGAAGUAUUUGCUCCAACUGGUUUUAUUGCCAAACCAGGAGAAAUAAUUAAACGGCCCACGUUAGCCGAAACCUUAAGAACAAUCGCUGCUAAAGGCGCGGAUGUAUUUUAUAAUGGAUACAUCGCUGAAUCAUUGGUCAAUGCCACGCAAAAUGCAGGUGGUAUUUUGACCUUAGACGACAUGAAAAAUUAUCAGCCGAUCAUUCGACCUGUCAUUCAAACUACCUAUCAUGGUCGUAAGGUGAUUACUACAUCAGCACCUACAAGUGGACCUGCUCUUCUGGGUAUUCUCAAUUUGAUUGAACCUUAUUAUUUUAACAACACCAUUAAUGAUGCAACGAUAUCAAAUUUGACGAUUCACCGACUGAUUGAAGCUUACAAAUUUGGGUUUGCAUUCCGUUCAGAGUUGGGAGAUCCCAAGUUCACAGGAAAUGAAAAACUUCAGGACCAGAUCAUCACCAAAGAAUGGGCUGACAAUAUCAGAAGCAAUAUCACAGAUAAUACGACGCAUGGCUAUUUAUAUUAUAAUCCAAAGUACGAUAACAGUGAAUCUCAUGGCACGAUGCACCUUUCCGUGAUUGAUAAUUCGGAUCAAAGUGCAGUAGCACUAACAUCGACCGUAAAUCUAAUGUUUGGCGCUAAAUUUAUGGAUCCAAUAACAGGUGUAAUAUUAAAUGAUGAGAUGGAUGACUUUAGUAUUCCCGGUGUACCUAACAAUUUUGGAUUAUACCCAAGUCCUUACAAUUUUAUCGCACCUGGUAAAAGACCAUUAUCUACUAUCACUCCAACUAUGUUAGAGGACGAGAAUCAAAAUUUGGAAAUGGUUGUCGGUGGCUCUGGUGGCUCUCAAAUCUUAACAGCUACACUUAAUGUCAUUUUAAAUACUCUUGAUUUUCAUUAUGAGAAUGUAUUCGAAGCAGUAAAAGCACCUCGGAUUCAUCACCAGUUACUACCAAACGAGAUCCAGUUCGAGUCUGGAUUCAAAGAAAGCAUUUUGCAAGGGUUAUCUCGAAGAGGACAUUCUCUUCGAAAUGUGAGGGAGACAGGAACUAUUUCUGCCGCACAAGCUAUUCGCAGAUUUAAGAAUGGAACUCUUCAUGCGGCCAGUGACCCUAGAAAAGAUGGUAUAGCUGCUGCUUAUUAA